UUAUACAGUGUAAAACAGUGAUCCGUUUAGAAUCGGCUAGAUAUUACAUCACAAACUGAUUACUAAGAAACCGCCACCAUGUAUCCUCCGAUACUAGUGUUAGUGUUAGCGUUAGUGUCCAUUUCCCGCCAAACGUCCACCCUGGAACUGCAGGAAGAUGAUGGUCGGGAGAGUGACAGUUAUUCUAGUCCCUACGGAAGCCCGGUAAUGGUGGCUGGUCCCACCGGUUCACUUCUAGCGUAUGGUGGUAAUACGGGUGUGAUGCAGGACGAAUCGGCCACCGUUGCCGCGGAUACCGUAGCAGCUGCAUCCUCCGAUAUGCUUCCACCGGGUGGAUUGCUCGACAGUGUCUACUAUCAACAUCACAACAAUCCCGAACACCAGGUCGGUGGUGCGGGAUCGUUCGGUAGUAGCGAAGAAGAUCGUGCCAUGUACCCCGACAGCUUCAACAGUUCGGAGCUGACCGGGGCUGACGAUCAGUACCUGACUACCAGUAGUUCCAUCCCGGACUAUGGAUCGAGUUUAGCUACUUCAAGCGAACGGAACGAUAGCGUCGAACAACCGGCCAGUGUAGACAUUGAGGCGCGUGCAAGCGUUCCACAGGCGUUUGUGAGUGAGCAGCAAGAGCAACCGCGUGAAUCGCAGGAAGAUCAUCCGCUUCACCGGGCAGUGCAUCAUCAUUCCCGCGAGGAACCUACCCUAAGCAGUAGAGCUCUAGAGCACCAUCAUCUGCAUCAAGAUUUACCUUCCGAAACAACGAACCAUCUGUACAAUGGUGCCGACACGAGCAGCAAUGGUGCGACCGGAGCUAACGACAGUGCCGAACACUUCACCUCACCCGACGGAGAGAACAAUGUAGAGGACACGCAAGAGGACGAUGUCCUGCAGCUGGCGACUACUACCACGUUACCGCCAGGAGCAUUGGUAGGAACGAGCCCAGACCAGGAAGGUACAACCGGCAACGUAGACCAUCCGCCAGCCGUUUUGCAUCCUCUGCGACCAACAAAACCAGUCCCAUCAACGCAUACCAGUGGUGGCAGUGGGUUUGACGAGAGUAAACUUUCCAAACCGGAACUGUUGGCGCAGCUGAUCGCUGACAAGAACCUGCGGAUGCCGAUCGCUUUUCUCGUGGACACGUCGAACGAUUCGCUUGCCUUCACCAAGAAGGUGCUGGAGGCUUCCCUUGUACCGAAAUCGCCGCUCGAUGCGAUCCUAAUGCGCUACAACGCUACCGGAAUCUCCAAAUCUGUUACCUUCCGCAACACGAAGACCCUAAUGGAGGCAGUCAAUCUUUUGAAGCCUAGCUAUGAUCACGGUGGCAGCGAGUACUACAGCAUUCUACGAACCUCACAAGAGAUACCGUACGAUAGUGCUAUCUUCCUGGCCACCAGCAGAGCAACCACCGAUGCACAGCUUUCCCGCAUGACAGCUCUCACCUUGCUCAAGAAACGAGUUCGACUCUACGUCAUCUGGUUUGGUGAAGAGAUUCAGGACAGCCAACAACAGCUGGACCAACCGACCACCAACCAAACGGCACUCCACGAACUAGCCCACAAGACCGGUGGCCGUGUGAUACAUUUCGAAAUCGAUCGAUACUUUGGCAGUAAUCCAGUGUUGACAACCCUUCUAUCCCAGCACGAUCUGCACGGCACGCAAUCGAUCCCGGUCAGCGUCGGGGAGGACGUGAACAGUUUGUACUUUAAGCUGCACGGUCACAUCGAUCAGGCCACCCUGGAAACGCCAAAUGGUUCUCUAAUCGAUCUGAUUCGCGACAAGGACCAUCACUUAAGGACGCGAAAUGUGAACCCGAAGGAGUCUCCUUUGCUGCUAUACCAGCUAAAUCAAACACAUCCGGGACACUAUAGGCUGAAUGUAUCCUCGUUAAGUGCGUUGGGGAAUUUGUACAACGUUACUGUUAAGUCUUCACAACUCUACUGGCCUGGAAUCGAAAUGUAUGACAUUGGCUCUGAAUCAGCAGCGGCACCAGAGCUGUGGGAAACGGAAGCCGAGGAAUCGCUGAGCAAUAAUGUGGAAGGAAACAUCAACUUGCAGCUUUACUCUGGUGGUGGAAGCUCGAAAUUACCCCGAACGAAUGGUGAAGAGCAUCGGUUUGCCCGCCAAACCGAGCUGACCGAUGAAGACAGUGGCAUCAUCAGUGGUCGAGCAUCGAUCCAGGCCAUCACCAAGGUAGAUGUUGGCGUUAACUCGCAGCUGAUUGGAGCCCGCGGACAGACACUGCAGCUCUACUUCGAAGUUACCAACUACCGCCAAACACCCAUCACGUACUUCUUCCGCGUCACGGACGAGCUAGCAUUUCUACGAUCACUCAAUCCAGGACAAGUAACGCUAAGCCCCGGACAGUCAGUCACCGUGGCCGUCGCGUUAAUUGUGACACCAACGGCUGAAGUUGGUUCCCGCGACAAGGUAACGUUCUCCACAACCGGUGUCGAUACGGUAUCCCAGUCAGCCUGGGUUACCGUGUCCGAUUCGGCCGGGCUUGCCGAUACGACCCGCCCAUCGCUCUGGUACACGUAUUCCAGCCGCUGCGAAGGUCGAUCAACACCGGCCACUUGUACCGGCGCGUUCUGGACGCUUGAGGUGAUGGCACGCGACUAUGAGACGGGACUGAUGCGCAUCUCGUCCAGCCCGGCUGGACUGCUGUAUAAGACACCGUUCACAGCCGGUACACGUGAUGAGGUACGGGCUAGCUAUACCGCUUCCUGCUGCCAACCGCGCGUAACCGUCACAGCGUACGAUGUCAGCCGGAACGUGCGCAGUCUGAAUCUGGACGUAACAGAUAUCUGGCUGAACGAAGCCGGUAUUGCUGCCGUCGUGCUCGGUAUACUAUUGUUUAUUGCGCUGAUCAUACUGCUUAUACUGCUCAUACGAUACUGCAUUCGCAAACGGCGACAGUCGAAAGAGUUACCAAUUUACCGGGGUGAGUCCAGUGGUACGCGGCGUACCAAGUAA